UCCCUUGGUUUCUUUAUCCCUGAGUUUGAAUUCUGAGAGGAAGGAGUCAAGUGUGCGGUUUAAGACUUUGGAGCCUGGCACCCACCAUACUGCAACCAAAUUUUGGCCGGAGCUUCAGGUGAACUAUGCAAUCAAUCACUUUGGGCCUCAGUUUUCCUAGCUGUAUAAUGGGGAUUGUUGAAGUACUUGAGAUUAUACAGACCUUGCCACAGUGUCCGGCAUGUCAGUAAACCCGCAAGUAUGUGAGUUAUCGGUACAAUGACAAAGGUGUCCCUCAGCGCGCCGCGUGGCCGGUCAGCCGCGGCAUCAGCGCAAUAAAUAUAAAUGGCAGCAGAAGGCGAGGGAGCAGCGCCACGUGACCCCGCCGGGAGCCACGGUAGGUGCCUCCCGAGUUAGCAGAGCAGCGGGGCGAGGGCAGGCAGCGCGCCCGCGGCCCCACCACUUCCCGCCGCGCCCGUGUCCGGCGGCCGGCGGGCUCCGCGGGCGCCCGGGCCGCGGCGGCGCCUCGGGGCCGGUGAAUCAUCCCGGCAGACACCGAGCGCCGCGGCAGCAGAGAGCAGCGCGGAAAAUGGCUGAAGCGGGCACGGGCUUUCUGGAGCAGCUCAAGUCCUGCAUCGUGUGGUCCUGGACUUACCUCUGGACCGUGUGGUUCUUCGUCGUGCUCUUCCUGGUCUACAUUCUGCGGGUGCCCUUGAAGAUCAACGACAACUUGAGCGCAGUGAGCAUGUUUUUGAACACAUUAACACCGAAGUUCUACGUGGCCCUGACAGGCACUUCCUCACUAAUAUCAGGGCUUAUUUUGAUAUUUGAAUGGUGGUAUUUUCGCAAGUACGGAACAUCGUUCAUUGAACAAGUCUCAGUGAGCCACUUGCGCCCCCUUCUGGGAGGGGUUGACAACAACUCUUCCAACAAUUCUAACUCCAGUAAUGGGGACUCAGAUUCCAACAGACAAAGCGUCUCAGAAUGCAAAGUAUGGCGAAAUCCGCUUAAUUUAUUUAGGGGUGCUGAAUAUAAUCGGUAUACCUGGGUGACAGGACGAGAGCCUCUGACUUACUAUGACAUGAAUCUCUCUGCCCAGGACCACCAGACAUUCUUUACUUGUGACUCAGACCAUCUGCGACCUGCAGACGCAAUAAUGCAGAAAGCCUGGAGAGAGAGAAACCCCCAAGCCAGGAUUUCAGCAGCUCAUGAAGCCUUAGAGAUAAAUGAAAUUAGGUCCAGAGUUGAAGUUCCCCUAAUUGCUUCCUCUACCAUCUGGGAGAUAAAAUUGUUACCCAAGUGUGCAACUGCUUAUAUUCUUUUGGCUGAAGAGGAGGCCACAACCAUUGCUGAAGCAGAGAAGCUGUUUAAGCAGGCCCUGAAGGCUGGAGACGGCUGUUACCGGCGCUCUCAGCAGUUACAGCAUCACGGGUCCCAGUAUGAAGCCCAACAUCGACGAGACACCAAUGUCUUGGUCUACAUCAAAAGAAGGCUAGCAAUGUGUGCCAGAAGACUCGGGAGGACCAGGGAAGCAGUGAAAAUGAUGAGAGAUUUAAUGAAGGAAUUCCCCUUGCUGAGCAUGUUCAAUAUCCACGAAAACCUUUUAGAAGCCCUUCUGGAGCUACAAGCCUAUGCUGAUGUUCAGGCAGUCUUAGCAAAGUAUGAUGAUAUAAGCUUACCAAAGUCGGCAACAAUAUGCUACACAGCUGCCUUGCUCAAAGCGAGAGCGGUCUCUGACAAGUUCUCUCCCGAGGCUGCAUCUCGGCGGGGACUGAGCACAGCAGAGAUGAACGCAGUAGAGGCCAUUCACAGAGCCGUGGAAUUCAAUCCUCAUGUGCCAAAAUACCUACUAGAAAUGAAAAGCUUAAUACUACCCCCAGAACAUAUCCUGAAGAGAGGAGACAGUGAAGCAAUCGCAUAUGCUUUUUUUCAUCUGGCACACUGGAAGAGGGUGGAAGGAGCCUUGAAUCUUUUGCAUUGUACGUGGGAAGGCACUUUCCGGAUGAUCCCUUAUCCCUUGGAAAAGGGGCAUCUUUUUUAUCCUUAUCCAAUCUGUACAGAAACAGCAGAUCGAGAGCUGCUGCCUUCUUUCCAUGAAGUCUCAGUUUACCCGAAGAAGGAGCUCCCCUUCUUUAUCCUCUUCACUGCUGGGCUGUGUUCCUUCACAGCCAUGCUGGCUCUGCUGACACAUCAGUUCCCGGAACUCAUGGGGGUCUUCGCAAAAGCUAUGAUUGACAUUUUCUACUGGGCAGAGUUCAGGGACUGGAGUUGCAGGAGUAUUUUCAUGCGUGUUGAAGAUGAACUGGAAAUCCCACCGGCACCUCAAUCUCAGCAUUUCCAACACUGAACUCAUCACCCUCCCUCCCCUGCCACCACAACCGCCCCUCCUCUUGUACUGCUGACCUCUGCCAGGGGCGCUGCCACCCACCCCGUUCCUCAGGCCAGAACCGCUGCAGCCCACCCAGGCUCUUCCUCCCUCAUUCCCCAUGUGCCGUCUGUCCUGGCUUCCACAGUCUGUCGGGUCUAACUUCCUAAGCCUAGACAUUCAGUAAAUGUAAUUCUCCACUUCGUCCCCACAGCCUCUGCUUUACAGUUACUAGGGCUUUGUUAUUUCUUGCCUGAACCCCUGCAAGAGUCAUAACUGAUCUCCUUGCUUCUAGUCUUAGCCUCUGCCCAUCUUCCUUUCAUACCGACACAAGAAUAAUCUUUCUAAAUUGCAAGUCGGAGCAUGAUAUUUUUCUGCUUGAGUUUUUCCAAUGGUAUCCCACCAAUUUCAGGAUAAAGUCCCAGCUCUCAGCAUGGCAUGCAGGGCCGUUGAAGAUCUGGCCUUGCUUGCCUCCUCAGCCUUAUGCAUCCCAACUCUUGCACAGACGCUGCUCUUGGGCCACAGUGCCUUACUUACCCUCCCACAUGUGCACUUCAGUGCCUUUGAACGUGCUGCUUGCCACAUGGAAUCCCCUUCCCCAUCACCACCCCACAUGUCCCCUCUACUGACUCCUCUUUGUACUUUUAUACUCAGCUUUCUUUCUAGGUUUCUCCUAAACUGAGUUAGAUGUUUCUCUCUGUGAUCCUAUAGUAUUCAAUGAAUACCUAUAUUAUCACAUUUAUUGUAUUGUAUUGUAAUUAUUGAAAACCUGUCUGUCCUUUUAGAAUGUGAGCUCCUUGGGAGCAGGGCUGUAUCUUCCUCAUCUCUGUAUCUCCAACGCUUUGCACAGUGCCUUACACAUAGUAGGUUUUCAAUAAAUGAUUAUUAAAUAAAUAAGUUGUAGUGGUUUCUGCAGAAAGAAUCAAUGUAAAAAUCAGAUAGAGAUUAACAUUACUUCUCAUCUUCUAUAAUUAUAAUCAUAGCCUCUUAGAGUUGAAAGCGACCUUAAAUAAAUUGCCUUCAACUGUAACGUGGUGGAGGUCAUCUAGACUUGUCUUGAAUACUUUUCAGUGAUGGGGAGCUCACUUACUUACCAUUGAAGCCCCUUUCUCUUCUUUAUACUGAUAAAAUCUGCCUUCUUUUAAUUUCCAGUUGUUCUUAUUCUCCCCUCCAAAACUGCACUGAACAAGUCUACUUCCUCUUGC